AUGCCCCAAAUUGCGGCUCAGAGCCUACGUGCCCUGAGCAAGUUUCCCCGGAAAUGGGCGUAUCCGGCGCAUUUGGUCGCUGGACGGAGAGUUGGCGGAUACAAGUACAUUUCGCUGCAAGCAACGCCUGCAACAGACACUAGCAGAAUCAAUGUGGCGAGCAGGUCGUUGUCCGCUGCGACACCGGACGCCUCAUUCGAAGUCGUUGGAAGUCCGUACUCGCUCCUUUCCGUUACCCUCUCCCCCUCUCAAGAGUUGUAUACUCGUCGGGGAACACUAGUGGCUUUUGCCGGAGAUCCUAAUGGAACAAUCUCGACCUUGCGAAUCCUCAAUCCCGUCCGCCGUGCCCUGGUCGGGAUACCUUUCUUGUAUCAAAAGAUCACCUCGACAUCCCCCGCCAAUGCUCUGAUUGCAACGAGGUCGCCAAUGACCACCUUCGCCAUUCUGCAGCUGGAUGGUACGAUGGAUUGGAAGCUGGCGCAGAGAAAAGCGCUGCUGGCGUGGACUGGCAGCACGCUCUCCGUCAAGCCGAGUAUAAACACGAGGUUUUCUCUCGCAUACUGGGGAAGCUCCAACGUCACUGGGAGGGGACUGCUAGCGCUUGCAGGACAGGGCCAAGUUUAUUCGGUUGAACUUGCAGAAGGAGAGACAUACAUUGUUCAUCCCUCGAACAUACUCGCUUACAGCUCAUCAUCACCAUCUCCGGCACCUCUACCCUUCCGAUUCAAGUCAUCAAGUGCUCGGUUCCAAAUCCCUCUCCAGCUCGGGAAUUUCUUUCCCUCCUCGAAAUUUGUCGCCACUCUGAAAACCAGCAGCACGUACAAAUUCUUUGCGAAUUUGCUUUACCGAGUUCGAACAUGGAGCCGAAGAACCCUUUGGGGAGACCGCCUGUUUCUACAGUUUAGUGGCCCAACAACUAUUCUGAUCCAAAGCCGAGCUGCGAGGGUCAAUGAUGUCCUCACGACACAGGAAGUGAACGAGAUUGCGGACACCCCUGCAGGCGCUGUUGAGGAGGCUAUCUCCAAUGUCCACUCAACAGACCCCGAACUGUCCAAGUCAGGUUCUGCUGUGCCUGUGUUCCCAGCGCCAUCGUCGCCGAGACUAUCAGUGGCGAGUGUCGGCCACGAUGGCAAGGUUACUUUUGGUAGCGCUCAGAAAUCCGAUGAGAAACAGCCAUAG